AUUAGAGAAGCAGGAUUUGCCAUUGAAGCAGCAGAGGAGAAAAUGCUCACUGAACAGCAAAUCAGAGUGUUCUACGACAGGAAUAAACACCAGCCUGAUUUUGAAGACUUUGUUCAGUUCAUGAUGAGUGGACCCUGCCACAUUUUAGUAAUGACUAAAAAAGAAGCAACGGAUGCAAUUCCUCUCUGGAAAGAGCUACAUACAACCAAUGAGCCUGGGACUGAUGAGGCUGAGAAGCCAGACAGCCUGGGAGGGAUCAGAGAAACUGAGAGUAUCUUAAGUCUAUAUGAUUUGCAAGACAACGUGGAAGAUGCCAGCAGACAACUUGCCUUCUUUUUCCCAAAUUUGCAUACAAAGAAGACAGACCAAAAGAUUGAAAAGACUUUGGCUUUAAUUAGACCUCAUCUCUUAAAGGAAAGGCGAAAUUCUAUCCUACAAAGAAUAAAGGAUGAUGGCUUUGAGAUAGCAAUGCAGAAAGAAAUAAUUCUAUCUGAAGAACAAAUAUGUGAAUUCUACAAAGGGCAUGAAGAUCAAGACUAUUUCCCAGUCCUUCUAGAACAAAUGACCAGUGGCCCAACUCUUGUUCUUGCUCUAACACGAGAAAAUGCUGUAGCACACUGGAGAGAUUUAUUAGGCCCAAGGACUGUUGAAGAGGCUAAGAAGGAAAAUCCAAACAGUUUACGUGCCAUGUAUGCAGUCAGCAACGUGCCCAUUGGCCAGCUGCAUGGUAGCUCUACACCUGAAGAGGCUCAGAAGGAGUUAGAGUUCUUCUUCCCUCAGGAGCACACUUUGGCAGUAAUCAAACCUGCUGCUGCUGCCAAGCACAAAGAUGACAUCAUGCAAAAAAUUAAAGAUGCUGGAUUUACCAUCUCAAAGAUUAAAGAAGAGGCUUUAACUCAGGAAAUGGCUGCCCUGAUGUAUAAUGAUCAGAAAGGAAAACCUUUUUUUGAACAAUUAGUGAAUUGUAUGACUGAGGGCCCCUCGGUGAUAAUGGUCUUAACAAAGGAAAAUGCUGUGGAAGAGUGGAGGCAGCUCAUGGGUCCAACCGAUCCAGAACUGGCCAAAGAGACCUCUCCUGAAUCAAUUCGAGCUCAGUUUGCACAAGAUAUCUUGUCUAAUGCUGUCCAUGGAUCAUCUCAUACAGAACACGCACUGAAAAGCAUCGAGUGUGUAUUUGGAGAGCUUGAUAGAGAUUGAAAAAUCUAUAAAUAA